AUGGAUGGUUAUGAAGCUACUAGGAUUGUUUUUCAGAGGAUCCAAACCAUGGACCCUGAAAACGCUUCAAAAAUAAUGGGUUUACUUCUUCUUCAAGACCAUGGUGAGAAAGAGAUGAUUAGAUUAGCUUUUGGUCCAGAAUCACUUCUUCAUUCAGUGAUUUUCAAAGCUAGAAAUGAGUUAGGAUUAGCUUUGAACUCUCCUUCAGCAACACCUCAAUCACCUUCACCUUUUUCCUCAAGCAAUCCUGUUCCAAUUUCAAGACAAAACUCAAACUCAUCUAGAGUCUUAAACAGUGGCAUGACUCUUCCUUUGAAUCUCAGUAUACCAAAUCCAAAUUCAUCUUGGGCUGAUGAUUCUAGUUCCAUGAACACUUCUUCGCAUUUUUACGGUAAUGGAGGGGUUUCUGACUCUAUUGAUGAGUUUCAGCUUCAAGACCAGCUCUCUUUUCUUAACGAUGGAACAUCGUCGCCUUCGCUGAAGAAUUCGGAUUUGUUUUACUCUCAGUCAGAGCUAUCUUCUAGUCCUGGUGGUGGUGGAAGUGUUGGUAAUGGUAACGGUAAUGGUGUUGACCCUUCGUUUUUUCCGUAUGGUUAUGGCGGUUCGGUUCAUCGAAGAAGCUGUUCGGUGAAUGAUGCUUGUUUGGUUUCUGAGGAUCCGAAUUCUGGCUUAGGUUGGAAACCAUGUCUUUACUAUGCUAGAGGGUACUGUAAGAAUGGAACUAGCUGUAGGUUUCUUCACGGCGGUUUCGGAGAUGGCGGUGAAGGUGCUGUUGGUUCUCCUAAUAAGAUUGAGAUGAUGGAUCAGUGUCAUGAGCAGCUUCUUAGAUCUAAAUCUCUUCAGCAACAACGACUUGCUGCCAUGGCUACUUCGUCUUUUCCUUACUCACCUAAGAGCUUGAGUUUGCUUCUUCAGCAGCAACAAAGUGAUACUCAUAGAGCUGCUGCUGCAGCACUUAUGAUGAAUGAAGAUUUGCAGAAAUUUGGAAGGUCGAGGUUAGAGAGAAAUGAUUUUUCUUUGAACAAUAUCGGAAUGAUGAAUCCGGCUUCUAGGCAGAUAUACUUGACUUUUCCGGCUGAUAGUACUUUUAGAGAGGAAGAUGUUUCAAACUACUUCAGUAUUUAUGGACCGGUUCAAGAUGUGAGGAUUCCGUAUCAGCAAAAAAGGAUGUUUGGAUUUGUUACGUUUGUUUAUCCUGAGACAGUGAAGCUUAUUUUAGCUAAGGGAAAUCCGCAUUUUGUUUGUGAUGCUCGGGUGCUUGUUAAGCCUUACAAGGAGAAAGGCAAAGUCCCCGAAAAAAAGCAGCUACAAAUGGAUAGAGGAGACUUUUCUCCUUGUGGUACACCUACUGGACUAAACGGCGGAGAUCCGUUCGAUCUUCAAGCUGGAGGGAGAAUGUACUACAAUACUCAGGACAUUCUCUGGAGGAGGAAGUUAGAAGAGCAAGCUGAACUUCAACAAGCUCUCGAGCUUCAAAGUAGACGACUCAUGAGUCUUCAACUUCUCGACAUCAAAAAGCAACACCACCGCGCACUUUCCUCCGGAAGUCCAAUUCCUUCACCAACUCAAUCUCCUAACAUGUUCAAUCAAAACUUCCCAUUUUCAUCUCUCCACAGCAGCUCAGAAAGCCAAGAGGAGAACGGUUCGGGUUCAGGCUCAGGCUCUGUUAGCACUGCAUCAAUUCCGGUUGAUCAGCAAGCAAACAUUGUCAACGGAGGAGAAGGGGAGAAUGGAAAUAGCGACACAAGUGGCAAACAAACCUCAACUCAUGAAGAUAGUGAUUUACAAGAAUGCUUGGAGCAUAAUCUCCCUGAUAGCCCUUUUGCUUCCCCUACUAAAGCUAUUGGUGACUACAUGGCUGCCUUCAACAAUGGACCUAAUGAGGCCAUUGAUUCAGAUGCCUCAGCUUCAUCUGCCAACUCCAAAUUUAGUACUAACACAGUUCUUCCACCGUCGUCUCCUCUCGACAUCGGGCCUUUCACAUCCUAUAACUGCCAAAUACCUAGGUUCACCUCUGGCCAUGGAACCAUCGGAAUGAUCGCCGGAACCGGUGGACCAAUUGGCAUUUAG